CUCUUCGAAGAAGGCGACGUCGUCCUCGCAUGGAACCCAGUGCCGCACAUAUCGGGGUUCGUUUUCUGCAUGGCUGCUUUCAUCUGCGGUGCCACGGUGGUGCCCUCGCAGAGUGGAUUGUCUCCCAAAGAAUUCGUUGACAUCAUCAACACACAUAAGGUUACAAGCCUCUGUGCAUUUCCUACUGCAUUUAGGCAGCUGGUCUUUCAACUGAAGGAAGGCCUGGUGCCAUCGUUGAAACGAAUCGUUAUGUGCGGCACAAAUUCUACCAAAGACCUGUACCAAAGAACACUGAAGGUGUUUCAGCUUGAGAGCCUCAGGAAUGGCUACGGCAUGUCUGAGGGCUUCGGGUUUCUUACCAUGACGCCGACAAACACUAUCGGAUAUCGCAGCGCAGGCGUCGCAUUGCCAUUGGUCGAGUACAAGAUUAUCGACAACACCACCGGUCAACAUCUGGGUCCCGGAGAAGUGGGCGAAAUAAUCUUCCGAUCGCCACACGUCAUGAGAGGCUACCACAACAGGCCGGAUGCAACUGCCCAAGUGCUCGACGAGCAAGGAUGGUGCAGCAGCGGUGAUGCCGGCUACUACGACAGCUACGGUAACUUAUACAUAGCGGAGCGCAUCAAGGACAUGAUCAAGUGCAUGGACCAGCAAGUUGCUCCCGCAGAAAUAGAGACCAUCCUCAACCAGCACCCACUGGUUCGCGAGGCCGCAGUUGUGGGCAUCGACCAUCCGGAACUUGGAGAAGCACCGACUGCAUUUGUAGUUGUCGAGCCUUCCGCCAGAGGGCAAGUCAGCGAGGAAGAGCUCGUACAAUUGGUUGCAGAGCAAAUGGUUUUUUACAAAAACUUGCAUGGUGGCGUAAUCUUUGUUGACCACAUUCCCACGACAGACACGGGAAAGUACCAGCGGAACAAACUGCGUCAAGAGCACUCAUGCCACCUCAAGAAACAGUGCUCGAACACUUGAAAUAUGCCUAUGCCAGUCUUUUGAGUGCAAGCUACGUGCCAUAGCAGUGAUUUUGUAAACAUACGCAUGAGCAUGGUCCUCCACUAGAAGUAGAUAAGUUUCAUCCAGGCACAUCGCUCCCUCCCUUUGUAUCAUUAUGAAAGACAACUACUUUAUUCGCAAUGAAUGCAAGAAGUGGCCGCGAUGACAUGCUUCUCAUAAUUUUUUGCGAAUUAAUGCUGUCUACAUGGAUGUAAAGGCGGGAGCAGGCAGUUCUUGGAAUGCGACAUCGGGAGUUCUUCGGCUGCCAUAAUCAUCUGAAACCUGCGUGGCUCAAACCCUGCACAUUUACCUAUGAUGUAACAGGUCAUACUAAACAAAGAUACGGACGGGCCUGACAUGCCUCCCUCCUUCCUAGACCAUUGCUUAUUGCACGAUAGUAAGUUGACUCAUUUUAUCUACAUCUGAAAGCCACAGUUGUGACUUAGAAUCGAAACCGAAACUAGUUUUUAUUGUAAGGUCGACUUACAACUGGGACAUAAAUAAAUGAGAAAUAAGGCACGCUAUGCGCACGUUCUAUGAUGUAAAAUUGCAUGUAUUCAAUGACCAAAAGAAGUCCCUUACUUGACUGUGGAUUGGGCUCUUUAGCCUGUUUCACGAUACAGAGGCGUGCAAUGAAUUUUUCAUUUGCGUAUUUGGACAGGAUUAGUCAGCUCAACAAACUUUAGCUGCACCUUGAAACCACACAAUGAGAGACUAUCAACUGGCGUCCCCACCAAAUAGACAAAAGACUGGGCCUGUUUCUUUUCUUUAUUUUUCUUUCUAUCUUAACGGCUUGUCUUUUUCUCUCUCUCUCUCUCCCUACUUGCAGUUUAAAAUCCCUACGCAGAGUAAGAAGUCAGCUAUUUGUUUAUGCCGGCUAAAUUUUCUGCUUUUAAAUAGAGAGUUCUCUCUCUCUACGGCGGGAUUACGUGAUUAUCUUUAUUUUCUAGCUCUAGCUGUAAAACAUACCACAUUUCCUCCUGUACAACUAGCACUUUUGCGAUCAACAGAAAAUUUUGCUAAAAAUGGUCCCUGCAUACUUUGGCAAAGCAUGCUUUUCUGUAGAGUUUUAAAGCAUUGCCAUGAAGCCAACCUUGCACACCUAAAUUUGUUAGUUUUUUUUUUUUGGUGCGAUAGUCUAUGAAUUUUUCUAAUGAAACGAGCUCGCACUCUUUAUUUAUUUGCUCUCCUUUUUUUUUUUGUUCUGUUUAUGCAAUUUUAUGAAGGUUGACGUACAAAGUCAAAUAUGUUGCUUUUACGUUGUUUUGCUGUUAUUGCCUGCUUUGCAAGUUACAGUUGUACAAUAAAGCCAAUUUCAAAAAACAAAA